GUAUACGAUGGUGCCGGCUUCAUUAUAUCUUGGUUUCACAGCUUCUAUAAUAUGGGUUGGACAGGGUACGUAUCUUACUUCGGCAGCGCGCAGCCAUGCAAAAGAUUGGAACUUGCACGAGGGCACUGUUAUUGGUGGCUUCAAUGGAGAAUUUUGGGGUUUUUUUGCUAGCACGCAGGUUAUUGGCAAUUUGAUUUCACUACUUCUUUUACAAGAUGGAAAUGAAGGUGGCGGCUCCACUGGAACAGGCUUACUUUUUACUGUUUUUCUUGGCUGCAUGCUCUUGGGUGCUAUAUUGAUGUGCUUCUUAUCGAAAAGAGACGAAAAAGAGGAAGAUUUCCCGUCACACGCCUCUAUCGCGACUUUACUGAAGUCUAUUACAGCUCCUUUACUCGAGAUGCGAGUUCUGCUAAUCAUUCCUCUUCUUGCAUACUCAGGGUUGCAACAAGCUUUCGUAUGGGCUGAAUUUACAAAGAAAAUAGUAGAACCGGCUCUCGGGGUGUCGGGCAUAGGUGGUGCAAUGGCAGUGUAUGGCGCAGCAGACGCAAUUAGUUCUCUGUUGGCCGGUUGGUAUACUUCUAGUCUCUUUUCUGUCACAGUAAUUGUCUCCUUUGGAUCUGUUCUUCAAAUUGCUGCUCUACUAUGGUUGGUUUUUGGAUACAGCUUAAGCAACGGAGCGCUUGGCUCGGUGUUGCCGCUUCUCAUUGGCGCUAUAUGGGGAGUUGGCGAUGGAGUGUUUAAUACACAAAUCAAUGCCUUACUUGGAAUGCUUUUUAAGCGCGACACGAGUUUUAUGUAAAGUUGUCAUCUUGGAAUCAAAGAGGAUACCUUGUUACAGCUCCACGGAGAACAGUGUGUGUGCUAUUCCUGCAGCUCACACGCUUUACUGCUGCCCUUCCCAGCUACCUAUCACCUUAUUGCCAUCUGCCAAUCCAACCGCCAAUCACCCUACCGGCCUCUUGCCCUCCUCUGUUGCAGCCGCCGCCUUCUUGCCCUCCUCUGUUGCAGCCGCCAGACAGUCCCUAUAGUUCUUUCCCGCAGUCCACUUUGCUGUCCUCCUUUGCAGAACUCCACGUACCCCUGCUGCCACCUUCCAAAACCAACUCUUCUCCCUUUCCUUUGCGCUACUGCUGCCUCCGAAACCUGCAUCCACCUUAUUGGCACCCCCAAACAGUAGCUGCUGCUGUUUUAUCGCUGUCAUUUAGCUGCCAGCAGCCCGAACUUGCUGUCAUCCCCAAACCGCAACCCCUCAAUUCCCACGUUGUUGUUAUUUCUGCCUACCGACACAACUACUAUCAUUCCGGCUCUUUACUAUGCCAUCCACUCCACAUAACUGACUACCACCUCCCUUGGAUCAAUCCAUUGCGGGGGGGUGUCUAUGUGUGUGUUUAGUUGUAAUCACAUAUUUGCUUUCGGUAAUAAUAUUUACUUUUCUGUUAUUAUUUUGGUUAACUCCAAUAUUAUUUAGUAUCAAAGAUAAUCUAACCCUAGUCCUAUUCUAAGGUUACCUCAAUCCUCCACUACCUAACCCAAAAAAAAAUUCUUUCCCGCCCUACGUCAUCCAUGCACCUUCUUCUACCUACCAAAACUUAAACCCUAACCACAUCGAAGAAAAUAGUCGGAGACCUGAUCAAGAAGAAAUAACAUAAUACUAUUUAUGAGAAAUCCACAAAGAGAUUUCAAGAACUUUUUAUGGAAGAUAUGUAGUGAGAAAUCCUCUAACUACAACAGAGUCUAGGGUCGCCUGUAGCCACAACGGUGACUUGCCAGAUUGAAUGAAUGCAGCAAAACCCUUCCAUCAUGUAGAUUCUAGAGAUGAAGAACCACUACCUUGAAGAUUUGGCCAGAAAUAUCAGAGAAGUUAGGAUUUUAAAUAUUGUUAAUUUGCCAUAUUUUGAUGGUCACUUGGAUCCAGACGAGUUUUUCAAGUGGGUCCAGAUUGUUGAACGUUUCUUUGAGUACAGGAUAUCCCACCAAACAAAAUGAUGAAGCUAGCCUCUAGCAAGUUAAAAAAGAGUGCAUCUCUAUGGUGGAAGAACUUGAAGAUUUUUUGAUAGGGAGAAGAGAUGAGUAAAAUUACUAUCUGAUCUAAAAUGAAAUGAGAUAUACAACGCUAGUGCUUAUUAGUUUAUUACAAACAAGAUGUUUUGACCUUAGCUUUAAAAGUGAAGAGCCAAAAUCAUCAGAUGACCGUAACAUCUUACAGACAAAGUUCAAUCACAUGUUCAAGCAAUCGGAGGCCCGGGUUGAAACUAAUUUAGAGUGGAGAACAGGUAGAACCAACUAGCAUUCUCAAAUCUGUCCCAACCAAAAAGUGCGUCAAGUGCCACGGUAUUGGGAAUCAUGUCAUGAUUUUGGGCAUUUUGCAUCAGAUUGUCCAAAUAAAAUUACACCCUAUUUCACUAAGCAGAGAGCAACUAAAGAAAUGGAAAAUGACACAAUAGUUAAUUAAGAAAGUGAGGACACAAAGGAGUAUUGGGUACCAACUUAUGAUAGAAAUGCAGGUAAUUCAAGUUGAGCUCGUGAGAGAUAUUCUAGCAGGAUUGAUAGUAUUUAUUCUAGAAGGGAGUGAGUUUGAGGUAAAGAACGUUCAAGUGAAGUAUGACAUUGUGAUGCCACAAACUACAUUUUUGUAGGUGCGAGAGGAGCAUCAGUAGGACUAGCAUUGGAUGUUCAAAAGGACCAUGAGCUUGAGGAGCCGAUACCAGACACUAGGCAACUCCAUACAAGAGAAUUUUGGAAUUUUCACGUAUAUAGUCUAUCUUCUGAGUUGCCCCUACUGGGAGAGGUAUAACAUAUUAAGAUAUUUUUGAACUACUUUUGGAAGAUCAUAUGGUGUCAUUUGAAUAUUAAAUUUAGUUCAACAAUCUACUCACCAACAGAUGGUCAUAUGAGAUGGUUGACCCGUAGAGCUGGAAAUAUUCUUAGGAGCUCUGCGGGAAAUAACAUUUUAUAAUGAGAUCCAGAUCCUUCUUGAGAAAAAGAAGAUGUCUCUCCCGAGUGGUUGUUAUUGACAGUUGCCAAGCUUGCCACAGUUUUCAUUCCAGAAUUAGUCCCUUUAGACAAGUUGGUUUAUCGGAUAUGUCCGAUCAAGUACGCAGAGUAGAGAUAAAUCACAUACUUAAUGGCUCAAGAGUUACUUUGUGUGAAUUUGUCUCAAUAUACAACUCCAAGUCAGGUUUUUUUAGAAGAUGAUGGAUAUUUAUUCUAUUAGAAUAUGCUUUGGAAUGACAAUUUUUAUAAGAUUGACUUACCAGGAGACUACAAUAUUUUCGCUACUUUCAACGUGAAAGACUAGACUUCAUAUUAUGAGACAACAGAAGCUUUGAAGGAUAUGGUUGAAGCUCUCCCAAUCCUGAGAGACUAACGUGAGAUCUUAUCGCAGUCAAAUCACUAUCACGCUACAAUACUGGUCCAUAGGGUGACUGCUUGUGGGAUUAGCGAUCACGAGAGGCAGAUCAAAAUGACCCUUAUGUUAUUUUUAUUUUAUUUUAUUUCCUUUCCUUCCUUUAUAGUCAUUUUCGAAAUAUGUGAUGUAUUAGGGCUUGGAGAGUUAGGUUUUGUAUGACUUUGUUCGGGAUAGCAGCCAGUGUCUCCGGUUUCCCCUUCUAGGGCUCAAUCUAAGGGCAAGUGAUGCUCCGUCUGUAUCUCAUUUAGAGGUGGUAAAUA